ACAAUUUUAGUAAAUAUUGGUCACGGAAAAAGAAUACAUCUUUACUGCAGCUGAUUUGGACAAGUCAUGAGUGGAUGUCCGUAUUUUGAGAAGAGGCAUUUGUUAUUCAAAAACAAGCCUCCAAAUCCAGAAGACGAUGAGGAUGCCUCUCAGUCCGGGGUUAACAAAGCCAGUAAAGGAGGAAUCAUCUAUGGAGACUACCUGCAGCUCGACAAAAUUGUCACAGCCCAGGUGUUGCAGAGUGAAGUAAAGGGUAAUAAGAUCCAUGAUGAGCACCUCUUCAUUGUCACCCAUCAAGCCUAUGAACUGUGGUUCAAACAGAUUUUGUUUGAACUUGAUUCAGUGCGAGAGAUCUUCAUCAGUGGACACGUCCGAGACGAACGCAAUAUGCUCAAAGUCAACACUCGCAUCCACAGGAUUGUAAUGAUAUUCAGACUGCUGGUCGACCAGUUCGCGGUUUUGGAAACAAUGACAGCCUUGGACUUUUUUGACUUUAGGGAAUACCUGGCUCCAGCCUCAGGCUUCCAAAGCCUCCAGUUUCGGCUGCUGGAGAACAAAAUUGGGGUCCCAGACAACCUGAGGGUUCCAUACAACAGGCGUCAUUACAGGGACAAUUUCAAAGGUCAUGACAGUGAGAUGCUGCUCGCCACUGAACAGGAGCCCACACUCUUAAAGCUAGUCGAGGAGUGGCUGGAGAGAACUCCUGGCUUGGAGGUGGAUGGAUUCAAUUUCUGGGAGAGGCUGGAAAUCAAUAUAUUUGAUGGGUUGAAUCAAGAGAAGGAGAAAAUCGAGGAAAUGACAGAUUCUGAGGAGAAGGAGGAACUGAUGGCUGAGCUGGUCAAACAGAGAGAGCUCUUCACUUCUCUGUUUGAUGAAAAGCGUCAUGACCAUCUCCUUAGCAAAGGUGAGAGGCGGCUCUCUUACAAGGCUCUACAAGGUGCCCUGAUGAUCUACUUCUACAGGGAGGAGCCGAGGUUCCAGGUUCCUUUCCAGCUGCUCACAUCCCUCAUGGACAUUGACACUCUGAUGACAAAAUGGAGAUACAAUCACGUAUGCAUGGUGCAUCGUAUGAUUGGCAGCAAAGCCGGCACAGGGGGCUCAUCUGGCUACCACUACCUGAGAUCGACUGUCAGUGACCGCUACAAAGUGUUUGUGGAUCUGUUCAACCUGGCCACAUUCCUGGUGCCUCGCCACUGGGUGCCCAAGCUGAAUCCCAAUGUUCAUACCUUUCUCUACAUGGCCGAGUGCUGCGACAGCUCCUACUGCAGCAGUGAAGACUCAGACUAGAGGGCACCUCACUCGUCCGUCCCGGCUUCCUUUUUUUCACCAUAGCAGACCUCACAACAGUGGAUCAUUUGCACAGCUGAAAGGUUUUAGUGGCAGAUGUGAAUAGGUGGCCAUCAAAACAUGCAAAGAAACACAUUGUUUCAGUAUAGUGAGCCAAGAUAUAACAUCAGGUUGGUGUACCUGAGAAAGUCCAUACAUUCAGAAAUGAUAUUUUUCUCAAGAAAUCAAUACGUCCUGUUUUAACACAAAAUACCUAAAUACUACAUAGGAUUAUGAAGGACACUGAGCAUCUUGAAUCUUAAUUUGAUGGUUUUUUUUCUCUCUGGCAUGUAAAUACAGAAAAAUAACAAGUGUACAGAAUUACAAAAUUUGUAAAAGGUAAAAACUCUUGUUUUCCAUUGCACAUCAAAUAUCCUAAAAUUAUGUUGGAAAAAGAACAAAAGAGCAAAUUGCUAGUUCAUUAUUUACAUCAGGCCACAGAACCUGUCGCACAGCGUCUGACCCUGAAUCAAUCAAAUGUCCAUUUUAACUAUUUUACUCUAAUCUCUGAUCCUGACUGCUCACAAAGUAUAGCAGAUGGCUCCUUGAUAAGAUUUGCUUAGAUGUUUUCUCAAUAAAAUGAUGCUAAUUCACAGUAACUGACCUGAAAGCAAAUGGAUCGGUGAGAGCAGUGAUCAAACUGGUGGUGAUGAGGAGUUUUUACAAAUGCAUCAUCUGUCAUGCCAGCAUGGGGAAGGUGUCAGAGAUGGAGCUGUUUCAGACUAAUAAGAUAUCGUAUAGGUGCAAACCUCUGUGUAAAUAAAUCAAUGUCAGCAUCUAUCAUAAAACAAUUUGUACAACGUAAAUGUUAAACUAUAACCACAAAAUUUGUACAUAAUGUUAAUAAUGUAGCUGUUAUAGAAGUGUUUUGUAUAGUAUUCUAUAUGGUUAAAUUAAUUUUGUUAUGUAUUUAUGCAGUGAUUAAUGUGAUCUCUGUAUAGAUAAACUUGAGUUAUAUUACCCAUGACAUGUAUCUACCUUAUGUAUUUAAUAAGAUACAUAUUUUGUACAGUGCAUCUAUUCUUAUUAGUUUUACAGUGGUGUGUGUUAAUCACUCAGUUAUUAUCCAACAUUUAUCAACAUAUGAAGUGAUUUAUUUUGUUUUGGUGAUGCAAGAUGGUGACACUUCAAUAAAAGCAUUUUUUAAAGUGA